AUGCAAUCACAAAACGGAGACUUGGACAAAGGCCUUGGAGGGGAGGUUACUGUGCAAAAGGUGUCAGGAGAGUCUGUGAAUGACACCAAAAACGUAACAGAAAAUGAAGGCACUGCUGUCAACACAGUGUCUGGAGUACAAGUGCAACUAGAAGGUGCAGAGCAGGAGUCUGAAGAGAAGAGCAUUGAAAAUGCCAUUAAUCAAAGGCAGUCUAAAGACAGCUUGAAUGAGUAUAGCACUGGAGACACCUUCCGAAGAGUGCAAAAGGAUGUUAAAACUCAAGAGAAAGCCAUCAGCUGUAUGUCCAGAGCAGAUCAACAGAAUGAACAAAAAUCAGAUGGCGAUCGCAAAUCGGUGACCAGCUCAUUCAGUCAAAGGACAGAAGAAAACAGGGGCUGUAUAAGAAUGACAAAAAAGAUUCUGCAAGACAUCUGUAAACAGCAGAAAUUAUACUUGACCCCAUACUUAAAUGAUACACUUUACUUGCAUUAUAAAGGGUUUGACCGCCUGGAGAAUCUUGAAGAGUAUACUGGAUUGAAGUGUUUAUGGCUGGAAUGCAAUGGCUUAACAAAAAUUGAGAAUUUGGAGGCUUUGACAGAGUUGCGUUGCCUCUACUUGCAACUCAAUUUAAUUAACAAAAUUGAAAACCUUGAACCCUUACAAAAGCUGGAUUCCCUCAAUAUCAGUAACAACUACGUUAAGACCAUUGAGAAUCUCUCUUGUCUGAAAGUCCUGCAGACUCUGCAGAUUGCUCACAACAAGUUACAAACAGUGGAAGACAUACAGCACUUGCAAGAAUGCCCAAGUAUUUCUGUUCUUGAUCUUUCCCACAACAAUCUAAGUGAUCCAAGUAUUAUAACGGUUCUGGAGACCAUGCCUAAUUUGCGUGUGCUGAAUUUGAUGGGAAACCAAGUGAUAAAGAAAAUUCCUAAUUAUAGAAAAACACUUAUCGUUCGCCUAAAACUACUAACGUAUCUGGAUGACAGACCAGUUUUCCCAAAGGAUAGAGCCUGUGCAGAAGCCUGGGCUGUUGGAGGGCUUGAAGCUGAGAAAGCAGAAAGGGAAAAAUGGGAAACCAGAGAGAGAAAAAAAAUCCAAGAUAGCAUCGAUGCUUUAGCAGCAAUCAGGCAAAAAGCAGAGGAAAAGAAAAGACAAAAGUAUAUGGAAGAAAGAGAUGCAAGUGCAAAAUGUGGAAAUCAAGAUGCAACAGCCAUCCUAGAAGGAGCACCUGCAAAUUCAGAUGACAGUGAUGUAAAUUCUAAUACAUCAGAGACUUCAAAUAUAUCAGAAGACGAAGAAACUCAAGAGAAGACUGAGACAUUUAGAAAUGAAAGUUUUGAUGUUCGUAAUGAAGUGGUAACACUUCUACCAAAUAGGGGAGGUAACACAGAUUUCACAUCUGGAAAUAUUCCUGCUAGAAUUCAAGAGGAUGCACAAGGAUCAAAUUCUUACAAACACUCAAACUUCAACAAGAAGCCAGAUGAUCUACCAAAAGAGAAGGCAGCUACUGAAAAGGCCAUGCUUCCUGAACUGGAUGAAUAUGCUGAAAUUGAACAGAUGAAACUGGAGACACCAGAGAAAGUUUAUCUUGAUGAGCUGCCUGAUUUAGAAGAUAUAGAUGUAAAUGAAUUUCCCCCAGAAGAGGAAAUCUUUGUUCAAAAGGAAUAUCACCCAAAGAUUGAAAUAAUUUCUGAAAUGACAAAUGACAGCGAUUCUGCAUUAGAGGAAAACAGUAAAAGCAUGUUUGAGAAUUCAGUAGGAGAAGAAGUUCCAACAGCAAUUUUUUCAAAUGUGUGUAAGAUACAUAAAGAGCAUGAAAAGGAGCACUUAAGACCCCUUGUUGAAAGCUUCUUUACAGAGCCUGCUAAUUCAGAAAGAUACCUGGAGAUCAAAGGUAAAGAAGCAACCCCCUCAAAACCCUUGAUACAAGAGGUUAUCACUGAGCCCAAGGAUAAUCUACUAUUGUCACCAGUCUGCAAUCGACCAGAUGACCCAAGCUCACGGGAAGAGGACGGUAAGGUUACAUUUCAUUUGCCUUUUGCCUUCAUGCUUUUAACAGGGAAUGGCAGUGAUGGAGAAGUACAGUGCCUGGCUGAGGGUCAAGGGUGUCCUCAUGAAGCACAAGAUGACACGGACAGUGAGAAUGGAGUAGAUUAA